AUGAGUUCUUCAAAAGGAAAUGCGAUUUUCCUCUUAGUAUUUAUUUGCUUAUACAUAUCAAACAAUCUAUACUUAGUAUGUUCUGUCGAUCCCACAACUGGAUUCACAAACAUCCCUUUGACAGAAGCUAAUUUCGAAAUUCAAAGGCCAUAUGAUGUGCCACUCGAAGAAAGAUACAGCUACGAGAAUGGAACUCGUCGUUUGUGGGUUUAUGCUGAUGACAAACCACACGACCCCAAUAGUCAUACCCAACCACGAACAGAAGUUCGAAUUCAGGGACUUGACUACUCAUCUGGAGUUUGGCAGUUUGAAGGAUACGGUUUUGUGCCAAAUGGAACAUCUGGUGCAACAAUUGUGCAAAUCCAUGGAGCUUCUCACGGUGCAACAACUAUAAUUCUGAGAAUUUAUGACGGUGACAUGAGGUAUUACAGUAGUGAACUUGUAGACACUGGUCUUUAUGAUAGAUGGUUCAGGGUUAACUUGAUCCAUGAUGUGGAUGGAGGAAAAGUGUCAGUCUUCAUCGAUGGUGUACAAAAGUUUGAGACUCAUGAUCAAGGGCCUGGAGAUUUGCACUUCAAAUGUGGAGUCUAUGCUGCACCGAGGAAUAUUAGCUAUUACAUGGAAUCAAGGUGGAGAGACAUCAAAAUAUACAAAAAGUGA